UUCAUUUUUUAAUUUAAGUAGAAAAAUAAAAGAUAAAGAAAGCAUAUUUCAGACUCGCUUCAAAUGCACUUCUCUCUCUGUCCGCUAUACUUUGAUAUAGUUGCAUCCAAUCGUUGUACGGAGUAGCAUUUUUGGAGGGGGUUCUGUUUUUUCUUAAAUAACAAAGCAGCAGUUUUAUUUUAACUUUUGAAUCUAAUAUCCCCAAGAACCAAUUUUUCUUCUGCUUCACCUACCUAUAAUAGGUCUCAGAAAUCUGAACUGAGAAAUAGAAGCUUUCCCCCGAAGUAGUGGAUAUGGUUCAAGAAGAUGAGAUAGUCACAGAAAAUAGAAACAGGGAUGCCCUAAACUUCCAUUCAGAUAAUAUGCAAUCCGAGUGGCUAUUAAACAGUACUAUUCUUGCCAAUCCAAUGCAAACUUCUUUUUACCCAACAUGGGAUCAGAGUAUAACAAAUUUGCAUCCUAAUGUUCCUCCGAGCAGUACUUCUAAUCUCCUUCAGGAACCGGGAAAUGUAGGUAUGUUUUGGACUCAACCAAAUGCAGUGUUGAAAGGCAGGGGAAUGUUUGUACCUACUGCUUCUGGGAUGAUUCCUCAAAGCUUACCUCAGUUUCCAGAUUCUAAUUUUAUCCAAAGGGAAGGCAGGUUUUCAUGCUUCAGUGGAGGAAACGAUCCUACCAGCUCUUAUGCUAUGGGUCUAAUGCCAACUCGAAAUCCUAUGAGUCCGUAUGCUGUGGCUGAAAGUUCAAAGGAGGGCUUGAAGAAUGAAAAAGCGAAUGAGAAUAUGUUUGAAAGAAAAGAAUGUGGUGACAGAUUAGGGAAUGAGUGUGAUGAACCGGAAUGUAGUGAUGGUGGUGAUCAAGAGGUAUCAGAGGGGGCGGACGGGGAGUCUUCUUCAAAGGUGGAUUUUUCCAAGAAAAGGAAACGAGGUGGACAGGCUGAACUUGAGAAAAACAAUGGAAUUCGUCCAUGGAAUGCUGAUGUCACCCAGGAUCAGACCGUGAUGCAACUAGAUAUUGAUCAAAAUUUGGUUUCAACGCCCACCAAGCAAGGUAGGAAAGCCAUCAAGCAGGGGUCCCACACUUCAGAUCCUUCUAAAGAAGAAUACAUGCAUGUUCGGGCUAGGAGAGGACAGGCAACAAAUAGCCAUAGUCUUGCAGAAAGAGUAAGGAGAGAGAAAAUUAGUCAAAGGAUGAAAUAUCUUCAAGAUCUUGUCCCAGGUUGCAACAAGGUGACAGGCAAAGCAGUAAUGCUGGAUGAAAUCAUUAAUUAUGUGCAAUCCCUACAGCGACAGGUCGAGUUCUUAUCCAUGAAGCUUUCAACGGUAGUUCCACAAAUGGAUUUCAACAUAGACGGGUUACUUGCAAAGGAUAUCAUCCAGUCCCAAUCCAGUCCAUCUUUACUAACUUUCCCACGCGAUAUUACUGAUCCUUACACACCAUUAAAUCCCCCACAACCUCCAUUGCUUCAAGGGGGUCUCCCCGGCUAUGGAAAUUCCCUUGAAGCCCUGCUCAGAACCCUCAACUCUGAGAAAGCUGUGACAAGCGUAGGCUAUAAGUGUCCUACCCCUCAGGUACCUAAUAUGUGGGACAAUGAGCUUCAAAAUGCCUUUGGGAUAGACUUCACGCCAAAUCAUACUCUCAACAACCAUCAUCAAAUUAGUUCCCGGAAGAACAGUGAACCCUAAGCAUUUCUUGAGUUGUUGAAUAGCUGUUUUGCCUACAAUGUUUUGUACAAGAAAAACUUCCAUUAUGGGCUGGUUGAAAAACUACCAUUAACAUGAAGAAGUGAUAAUAACCCUGUUUUUGGUACUUGGGAUAUAGCGUGUGAUGAUCAAAGUUGGCACUUCAGUUUGUAUAGCACACAUGCAUUCCCCAUCAUCAAGAAAAGAAAUUGUUUUGUUCAUCAGUCAGGCAUACCUGUAAAUUUCCCAACUUUAAAACGGUUAUUUUUGUUUCGUGUAUCAUGCAGAAGCUGAAACAUGAGCUUAUAAAUUUUUAUGAAGAACCAAAGAUGAGAGUUACUUUUUUUAUUAGCUACCAUUCUGGCUUUAGUGUAUUUAUUACCCCGUAUUUUACAUGUUGAUUGAGCAGAUUUUGUGGCCUCUA